AUGAACCUAAAUACGAUAUACCUGAUAGAGAUUCACCUAGAGAGGAUCAACGAAAAUGGUUUGUUGAAUUGUGCACAAAAUUUAUUGAAGAGUAUGUAACUGAAAGCAAAGAUGUUGACACUCUGGUGCAGCAGGUGGAACAGCUUGGACAGAGAAACACGACCCAACAGUACAUGUGCCGCGUGGAAGGGUGUAAUCAGAAAUAUGUUUUCCACUCAAUAAGAGUAAAGUAA